AAUUGUGCGUCGAAAAAUAAAACAAAACAACACAAAAAAAAAUGGUGGAAACACAAGUCGUCGUUCCACCAACUUCACACCCGAAACCAACCGCAACGCUGACAACAACCAUUACGGCAGCGGUGAACGAUGCGGAACAAAUAGCUCCAUCGACCGAAGAUCAUUACGAUCCUUCCGUGCGGAUUUUGCACAUACCGAAGCAGACGGACGGUUCCUGUGGGUUUCAUCUGACUCGCAGCAAAUGGGAUCCAUAUCCUUGGGUCAGCGGUGUUGAUGCAGACUCACCGGCCGAAGUGACCGGGUUGAAGGUUGGCGAUUGCGUGCUGGAGGUCAACAACGAAGAUGUCCUUGGUAUGCGUAUUGCCGAGGUGGCCGGUAUGGUCCGGUCGAAGGCGGACAUUGUUACGUUGCUGCUGUGGAGCACCGGCAUGGAACCGGCCUGCAAUCCCGAAUCGCUGUGCUGCGGUCCGAUGCCAAUCAACCUGGAACGUCUUACGGCCAGCAUGCAGACGAUCGUGGCCGCCCUGGAGUGUCCCGUUUGCUUCGACACCAUACCACCGCCCGUGUUUCAGUGCCAGAACGGGCAUCUGGUGUGUUCCCGCUGUCGGGUGCGUGCGGAACGUUGUGCCAUCUGUCGUGAACGUUACACGAUCGGCCGUUCGCUGCUGGCGGAACAGGUCUAUCAGUCCAUUACGGAGGCGUUCAAUCUGCGCGAGGGAACGGAUGGGAAGUUGCGCGAGCGUCUGUUUGGCGCACGGUGUACCCGCCAGCCGAAACGGGCCACCUCGUGUGAUCGCAAGAAAAGUCCGUACGGUAGUGACAGCCAUCUGGUGCCUAGCGGACGUCCGAUACACUCGCACACGCACAAGUUCCUCGCGCGUAUCAUGGGCAAGGCCAGCUCGGUAGACAACCUCAGCAAGCACCACGGCCAGCACGCACAGCCCCCGGAUGUGGUGGGCGAUCUGCAAGGUUCGAAAGCGAAAUCAUUGUCCUUGUCGUCGAGCGAAAUAUUCAAGCGCGAUAAUUCCGUAUCGGUACUUCGAUGUCCUUCGGCGAACCGGCUAGCACCGGAGCUAUCCGCAUCGUACAAUAGUCUCGCGAUACGUCGACCAACCUCGUCCAUGUCGUGCAACGUGUCGGUGGAAAGUCUUAGCAGUAUUCCGGAGAAUGGUAUUCACUUGACCGUUCCGGUACGCCCGGCCCAACUGUCCUAUCAUUGUCCUUGCGGCGAGUACUGUAGUGAUGUAAUAGCCGCGCCGGAACUUCAGGAACACGUCACCGUGCAUCAUCGUACGCCGGUCAUAUCGUUCGGUACGGCUUCGGCCGAAAUAUCUCUCCCACCGAGAACACCGGUGGACAAUGCCUGUCUACUGUUGAUGCUGGAUGGACAUAAAUUUUGGUUAAAGCUGAUCUCCGACACAAGUACCGUGGGGGACAUUUUCCUGUCUGCUCUGUUGGAGGGUAGUACGGAGCUGAGCAAAAAUUACGCACUGGAAGUUAUUAUCCGUAAGGAAGGGUUCGACCACAUUCUCGGCAAGGAACUCAUCUCACGCUCGGAGGUGUACUCGAUGGUGGACAAGUCGUGGAACGAUCUGGUCAACACGAAGUCGGGCGUCUUCUAUACGGGCGUUUGCAUACGGGCCACCUUUAGUCCGGAUACGGAAAUCUUACUGAAAGCAUCCAUCAAACGUCUUGCCGAUCUUUGA